AUGGAUCGUUUGCUUAAGCUGGAAAAUCUUGAUUUGUGUCUUACUCCAUACAAGGUACUAGCUACUGGACGUGAUGAAGGCAUGCUGGAAUUUAUACCAUCCAAAUCUUUGGCACAGAUUCUCUCAGAAUAUCGUACGAUCAUUACCUACCUGCAAAAAUCCCAUCCAUUUGGAAUUACUGCAACUUGCCUUGAAACAUUCAUAAAGAGUUGCGCUGGAUACUGUGUCAUUACAUAUAUUCUUGGCAUAGGAGACAGGCAUUUGGACAAUCUUCUACUUAGGGAUGACGGCCGCAUUUUCCAUAUUGAUUUCGGGUUUAUUCUUGGUAAGGAUCCAAAACCAUUCCCACCCCCUAUGAAACUCUGUAAGGAGAUGGUAGAGGCUAUGGGUGGAGCAGAAAGCCAAUACUACAGUAGGUUUAAGUCCUACCGUUGUGAAGCAUACAAUAUUCUGCGAAAGUUGAGCAAUUUGAUAUUGAAUUUGUUUCACCUAAUGGCGGGUUCAAAUAUAAAUGAUAUAGAUCUUGAAAAAGGCAUUCUUAAGCUUCAGGAGAAGUUUCGGUUGGACCAGGAUGAUGCAGAGUGCAUCCAUUUUUUCCAGGAUCUUAUCAACGAAAGCGUCAGUGCAUCAUUCCCUCAAAUGGUUGAGACAAUGCACCGUUGGGCUCAGUAUUGGCGUUGA